CUGUCUGUUUGUGUUUGCCUGGCCCUGGCUGAGCCUAGUCAAGACUCCCUGUGUGUACAGAAGGAUUGCCCGGCUGGGCAGUUGUGUAGAGUUGUCAUGGAAUGCCCCUCGCCUGGAAUGUGUAGUCUAAAAGCUGAGUGUCUGGUCGAGGCGCCACAUUCAUGGCAUCUAGAUCUAUGUAUUGUAGGUCAUCCAAUUCUAGAAAUGCGUGAUGGCGUUUUGAGUAAUACACUGUGUAAUGCUUCAUUACCAUGUCCUGGAAGCGGACUGGCUUACUGCAAUGACGAAUUGUGGGGCGUUUUAGGAGCCUGUUGCAGAUCCAAUCCAGACAGUCCUGUAAAACCCGGACAGUGCCUGACCGACUUUAGCGACCACGGAUUCUAUUGUAUCGAUGCCUGCAACAACGAUGGUGACUGCCGGGAUACGUGGAAAUGUUGCCAGUAUGGUUGCAAACGAAUAUGUCGGCCCCCACAAGUGGAAUACACUUGCCCUUCGCUGUGUGGAGAAAAUACGUAUUGUCUGCGACCAGAGAUGCCGCGAUGCUGGGCCACGGGUCAGUGUUUCAGCCUCGGAGACUGUGUUGCAUGCGAUCCAGUUUGUGGACUGGAAUGUCCUAGGGGUUAUGUGAACGAUAGUCGUGGAUGUCCGAUAUGUCAGUGCAGGCCAUCUGUAAACAAUACAGAAAACCUUUUUUCAAAGCCUCAACUGUUUUGGCUCGACUAUAACAGACACCAUGUGGUGAUUAUCAGCACUUUUUUAUUCUAG